AUGAGGCUCACCAAGCUGUGCCAGACCAGAGAGAUUGUGACAAUCAACGGGAAAUUCCCUGGCCCUGCGAUAACCGCCCAAGAAGAUGACAGAAUUAUCGUUAAAGUCAUCAAUAUGACACCCUAUAAUACCACAAUUCAUUGGUUGACCAUAGUGGAAGUAGAUGGCGAGUACACCAAACCUUUUACAACAGAGCGUGUGAUGCUUGUGCCUGGACAGACAAUGAACGUUCUUGUCACAGCUGAUCAAGCCAUUGGGAAUUACUCCAUCGCCAUGGGUCCUUACGAUGUACCAUUAGCAGCUAAGUUACCCAUUUUCAAUGGUAAUCUUGGUGUUAAGACUGUCAUGGAUGGGCUCAGAAGUCUAAAUGCAGUUGAUGUCCCAAAAGAUAUUGAUGCUCAGCUCUUUAUCACAAUUGGUAUAAAUGUAAACAAGUGCAACUCUGAAAAUCCAAACAACAAGUCCCAAGGCCCUGGAAAAGGAAGAUUAGCAGCUUCAGUGAACAACAUCAGCUUCAUCGAACCUAAAGUCUCGAUUUUGGAAGGUUAUUACAAGCAACUGGAAGGAUACUUCACUUUAGAUUUCCCAACCGCGCCAGAAAAAUCCUAUGACUUUAUCAAUGGAGAGCACCCAAUGGCAUAG